UGCAGCGCCGCCGUGGAGGGAGCAUGCACGAGGCCAGGCCGCCGCCCGCCGUCAUGAACCCUGCAGCGUUCUGCCUGCUGCUGCUCGCUGUGGUGGGAGCGGCCGGCGAGGGCAGCGACGAAGAUUUGUUCCAGUGUCCCGAGGAGACGUCCCGGGUGCUGCACCCGCGAGGCGACGAUGACACCACGGUCACCUGGAGGAAGUCCUUCCCCAGGAAGAAGCGCGUGCUGACGGAGCCGCUGUGCCUCGGCCCGCACGGGGAGGUCCUCUCGCGCCUGUGUCUGCGCAACGGCUCCUCCAGGUCCCCGUCGUGGGUCCCGGACACCCCGCCCACCUGCCACCGCACGCAGCCCUCCUACAAGCAGGCCGACAAGUGCCCGGCGCCCUACAGGAGCGCGCAGCUGCACGACGCCCGCGUGUGUCUGCUGGUCACAGAGCCGCGGCGCUACUCCGACGCCUGCCUCGCCUCGGGCUAUGAGAACUACGUGCUGGACCUGCACCACGACGAGUUCGACGACCUGAUGGGCCUGCUGCGCGAGUCCGGGGUGUGGCAGGUGUGGCUGCCCGUCCAGAGGCACGAGGCCUACGGCCCGCUGCUGCUGAGGCUGCCCGGUGCCCGGUGGGGGACCCGCUUCAAGGUCCCCGGCGACCUGGCGGUGUCCUGGGCCGCCGGGCGCAGCUCCCUGCAGGGGGAGUGCCUGCGCCUCAACGUCCCCGUCGACGCCGACUCGGACGCCACCCUGGAGACGGACGCGUGCCGCCGCCCGCUCAGCGAGGUCUGCCACCUGAAGCUCUCCAAGAAGAUCGUGACGCAGCUCGCCUGCCCGGAGGACAGCUUCACGUCGCUCUACUCGGGGGAGCACCAGACCACGUGUCUGGGCGUCAACUACGGCACCACCACGUGGGCCGACGCCGGCGCCAAGUGCUCCGAGCUGGGCGGGCACCUCGCCACCAUCCCCUCGCCCUUCCAGAACUACCUGCUGGAGGAGAUCCUGGACGACUCGAAGCUGGACGCGGACCACUCCCACUGCUGGAUCGGCCUGCGCAGGAAGGAGAGUGGCGGCGGUUUCGAGUGGAGCGUGUCGGGAAACAAGUCCGUCGACGUGCAGUACGUCAACUGGGACGAAGACGAGGACCACUCCGAGAGCGACGGCAAAGGAGCCGUGGACAAGGAGGGCUCGUGGAAACUGGUGGACGACCCGACGCUCGACUGCUUCAUCUGCCAGUUCAACGCGAGCGUUCCUCACACCACGUUCUCUCUGCGGCACAACUACGAAUCCAACAAACUCAUCUUCAGCGUGUUCUCUCCCAGGGGACUGUGGAAGAGGUCUUCGGAGGACAGGGGCUUCAACUGUUUCACAGAUUCUUCAGGGACGUUCAUAAACAAAGUUAAUGUGAUAAGCCACUGGCACAAGCACUGGACUGUUGGUAACUUACCUGCGUUCAGUUCCUUCGAUGUAAACAACGUUAUGUCCGAUAUAAACAUCAACAUGGAGACAUCUGUAUACAUACUGAACCUCAACAGAAAUUCAGGACAUUACUGGUGCGAAGGUCACAUGGUUUCAUCCUUUCAGCUUGAACGAAGCAAAAAGAUACUUAUAUUUGGAUCUAGACCUGGCCACCUAUUUUCUCUAGUAGUAGAUAUUCAUGGAAUAUGUAAUAUCACACUGGGUGCUACAAUAUGUGACUCAACAUUUUCUGACAUUUAUGCCAAAAUAGCCAAAGAUAUAAAAGGCACCAUAGAAAAUAAAUCCACGCGCACCAGUGUUUCGGACAUAAGGCCUCUUAAAAUAAUUGACUUUUCUGAUAAUGGCACUCUCAGACUAGUUUUGCAUUUGAGACUGAAUAUAAGAGGAUUUAAAGAUGAAUUUGUGUUCAAAGAUACUUUGUUGACAUUGAAAAAAAUUUUGUCAUCAAAUCGCAGUUAUUAUUCCUUGGUAUCAUUUCUGAGCACAGAAGGAUGCCCUGAAUCUAUAACAGAAGAAAAUAGUCAAGUUCUUCACUGGGACUUUACUCAGUUUGGAUAUACAGCUGUUCCAAAAGAAAUAUGUCUUAAUAAGCAUGGAAUACCUGUGCAUCGAAAAUGCGAGGGAAGUUUUCUCUUGGGCGGUGUAUGGGGAGAGACUACGGGAUCUUGUUCAGAUAACAAUGGUUCCUUGAUUACCACAAGACUGCAAAACCUCGUGAAUGAAUCGGAAAGAGGCAGGAACAAGUCAUCGACCGAAAUAGCAGUGGAGAUCUCUCAGCUUACCACAGAAAACUUUUCUUGGCUUGUGCCAGCUGAUAUUUACUAUCUUGCCCGUGUAAUGCAAAAUUUAGCUCGUAUAUCUAGUGAAACUCUUUCUAGCAGCGAUGACAUAUUUGAACUUGAAGCAAUUACCAGAAUUAUAGACUGUGUGAAUGAAGCAGACAGACAAACUGUUCAGAUGUCACAAGACUUUCUGAAUUCCACCAAUAUGCUUCUUGAUGCUUUAGAUUCGAUACUGAACUUCAUAACUCUUACCGCAAGGAUAGAAGAAAAUAAAGGGGUUAUUUUAUGUGUGACGCCACAAGUAGUUGUCCAAAUAUCGGAUCCUACGCAAUCCAAUAUUUCAGGUCUGGCCAUUACACGAAAAAAAGAAACGACAUUCUACACAAAAAAUUUCAAUGAUUAUGACAUUGUCCCAUUGAAUUCCAACGAAACAAUGGACUCUAUUAUGUUUUCCGAUGAUAUAGAAGUUGCUACAUGGGUGCCAGACGAGCUGCUUAACCAAAUAAUUACCAGCGACAAUAGCACCGCCAAUUGCAGUGACUCGGCAAACAUCGAUCUUUGUGAAUCCGAACAGCCGUAUGAAUUACGUGGGAGGAAGCCUUUCGUUGUUAUUUUCGUGCUGUAUGAUGACAUUCUGUUUCACAGCAGGCAUCAGUACCACAGAACUGAGAACAGGAGCGACAGUCUUGUGGGCAGUCGAGUUGUGAGCGUGUCCAUUCCCGGUUUGGAGUCCGACCUGCCCGUGCCAAUUUCCAUAUUUUUCAGGCCGCUGAUAAAUUCGACAGAGAACGCUGUUCCCAACGCACACAAGUGCGCGUUCUGGGAUUUUUCUUUCAACAGCUCGUCACCUUCCUUGUCGCUGGGUGGCUGGUCGUCGGAAGGUUGUUUCUUCGCCGGCAGCUCCACUGGAAAUGACUCCUCUGCGGUGGAUGUCUGCUUGUGUACGCAUCUCACGCACUUUGCUGAGCUGGUUCUGGGGCCCAUGGCCUACGAGUGGCAAGAAAGUCGACUCUCGUCGGAAGCGGUGCUCAACCCCAAAGUCGUGUACUUGCUGAAACACCAAAAGGCACUGGACAUCAUCAGCAUCACGGGUUGCAGCUUGUCCCUCCUCGGCAUCCUGGGCAUCAUCGUGACCGCUGCAGUUUUCCGGUCGUGGCGAGACAAGCCAGGAACGAAGAUACUGCUGCAACUCGCCCUGGCGAUCGGUCUGCAGAUGACCACGUUCCUCAUCGCGAACACCGAGACAACUUUCGAAGUUGUUGGGGAAAAUGAUUCCAACGACACUGCUUUCGACGACAACCUCAUCGUCUCGUCCACGAACAGUAACUCCUCCACCAGCAACGAUGGAGCAGCAACUGACGAGAUACUGUGCAUAGUUGGAGGUGUCAUUCGCCAUUACUCUAUUAUGUGUGGGUUCACGUGGAUGCUGGUAACAGCUUUCCUCCAGUUCCAAAGAUACGUUAAAGUGCUGGGCAACACCCGACCCAAUAGGUUUUUCUUAAAGGCUGCCUUGUUUGGUUGGGGUGUUCCUGUCAUACCAGUAGCGAUACUCUUAAUAAUAACACCACAAUCGUACGUACCGCCUUACAAGACGUCCAUGUGCUAUCCAACAGGAAUCUAUCUUUACGCAGGUGUUGUCUUUCCGGCGUCUAUCAUCAUCAGUAUUAAUUUCAUAGUCUUCGUGAAGGUAAUCAAUAGUAUCAUGAGGGGUCCAGACGGCAAGUUGAGGUCGACUCCGGACAGAGGGUUGAUCCUGUCCCAGUUGAGGCUCGGGGUGCUUCUGUUCUCCUUGCUCGGUCUGUCGUGGUUCUUCGGCCUGAUGCUGGUCGUGAGCCAAAACGUCGUGUUCUCCUUCCUGUUCUGUCUGACGGCGACGACGCAGGGCCUGGUCGCCUUCCUGUUCUUCGUGGUGUGCGACCCCUCCACCAGACACCUGUGGACUUCUCUCGUCAGCAUGUGGGCCAAGAUCGCCUGGCGACUCACCAUCAAGAACACUAAAGGGUUGUCGAAGAAGGCAACCGCGUCAAACAACUCGGGCAAAGAGACAAAAGGUAACGUUCCAGCUAAGACUGCCGCAGAAGAAAAUGCAGUCACCGAAAGGAAAAUUGGAACGAACUAAAUUUUUCUUCGAGUGAUAAUGACAUGAUUGUGAUAUUUAAAUGCCUCAAUGUGAUUCAUGUGCCUUCUAUUUAAAAGUGUUUCUGUAGGUUCAUACAUGAUGGGACUCUUCUGACUGAAUUAAAUCUUAAAUUGUUUAACUUUGUUCAAAUAUGACGUGGCUCAUUAAAAUGGCAAAAUAUACCUUGCAAAUUUUGACAUAUCACAUAUGUAUGCAGUCACCAUUUACUCACUGAAAAUUUACUUUCAUUUGUUUUUCUUAAUGUAGUUCGCAAUUUACUGCUAGUCUUGAAUAAGACAUAAUAAUUCCUUUGGUAAUUUUUUGUAAGUAUAGUUAUAGGUAUCAGUACUGCAAUAACGCUUCUCGUUAGUAUUUAACUAAUAAAUAAGCGUUUGUGACCGUGUACGAAGUUGUGUAACAUGAAAAAUAGGAUAAACACCAUUACCAUACCAUCUAAAUAAGAGCUAUAAAAUGAAUACACUCAUUCUUCAUCUCCGCUUCUAAUCACAUUUCCAUCACAGUAUACACACUUUCUGUUAUUCACGUAGUAAGUUAAAAUAGUCUUGGAAUAAAUUGUUUUUGUUAAUUAUUUUAAUAAAAGGAAAGGAAUAAUUAAACAAAAAAUUACUUUCAUUAAGUUUAUUCCAAAAUAACUUAAGGAAAUAAAGUGGUCUAAAUAUCUCAAUUUGACCAAAACCAUUAUUCUAUACAUGUUUUGUUCUAUUUACAUCAAGAAUAUUCAAGAAACUAUUGAAAAUAUGAGCUUCACCCCUCAAGAUAUGUUUAUUGAGUGUUUUACCCAGUUCAAAUAAGGUGAAUAAACAAUUUUUUUUUAAAAUCAGCCAGAUUAGCUUUUCAGUGGGUAAACGUAUUUUUAUAUUUAUAUAUUGUGUAAUCUCAGGUUUCAGAAAAAAAGUUAACACAAUAACGUUGUAAAAUAACUUUAAUUAGAUCUCUGUUCUCUACAAAUUAUUCGAAUGAAUAAUUCUGUAAAUUAUAGUUGGCAAUUUAACAAUUUCACAAUCCCAUAAUCCUGUGUCUAAUUUUGUGUUAUACUAUACAAUCUGUCAGCGCUUCCUUCUUGGCUGCAGCUAACACGUCCGGCACGAAACUCAGUCAGUGCGAAACAUUCAGUACUCAAGCUGACGUCUUGCCCUAGUCGAACACACUUGUAACUGACACGCCAACUAAAUGUCAGUCAUCAUGUAGCCAAGAAUGCGUUGGCCUUCUGGCCAAACACUCCGUGAGCUUUUUACUCUUUAUCUACGGGUAAAUCACUGUCGCACGAAUUUCAUGAAUUCAGUACUUGCUAGGACUGACCGAAAAUUUUUCUUUACUUUCAUAAACGCCAUUGAAUAACUUGUUAAGUAAGAAAAAAAUUGUUAUAUUAUGAAUUAACUUACUAUCAUGUGCAUAAACACGAAAUAUAAGAAGCAAAACAAUUAAGAAUACUACUACUCCCUUAGGAGACAAAAUUGGCCAAAGAGUCGCAAUACUGCCUGGGCGCUGGUCGUUUAUUUCAAAAGAAUGUAUAAAAUAAUGUUAAUCAUAUGUUACGUUAUGUAGUAUUUUUUAUGUUUUAUAUUUGUGCCACAAAUAACUUAAUGUUUACAGAUUAAUAUAUAUGAUAAUGUGCGUGUUUACAGUUAACUUUUAAUUGUUUCUUUCAUAACGCUAUUUGGGCAAAAAAAUAUGACAUGCACAAGAUUUGCAGAAUGCUUUUUCUUGGUUUUGAUUUAAAUAUAAAUAUUUUGCCAACAUAUCUUAGUGUAAAAUAGUAAUAAGUGUGUUUGUAGAUUGGCAGUAGCUGUAAUUGGAUGUUAUAGAAUUACCUAGGAUCCAGAGUAAAACAUUUUUGAAAAAAAUAUAUGUAUACAUUUAUGAGAUUUUAUAUAUAUUUUGCAAAACUAUUUGAAUUAUUUUAACGGGGAUUAUAACCUGUCAUAUGUUUUUUUUAACCUCUGUCUGUCAAAUACAAUAUUGCAGUGUGAUAAAGUGCAGCUAAUAAGACAUCCUUUGUACUUUCAUAUGAUACUAUUGUAUUGUGAAAAUAAUAAAAUAUUAUUAUUA